AUGUCGUCGGAGCAAGACCUCUUGUACCAGCGAAAGUAUGCUGUCAGCUCGGACGGAGACCACUCUCUUCACGGCGACAUUUCAGCGGGGGGAAUGUCGAACAAGAACACCGAGUGGAUGCAGAACUCGUAUACGUGGGUGAUGUAUGUCCUCUUUAUCGCAACCAUCUGGGGCGUGGUGCACAUGACCCAGAUCUUCAGCGUCGCAAAGUCUACGACAAUGGUGAACGUGGUACAUGGCUUGAUUACGUUCUACUUCUUUCAUUGGACGAAGGGAUCUCCGGACGAGUUCACCCAGGGGGAGUGGAACGGCUUGACGUUUUGGGAGCAGCUUGACGCAGGGGUGCCGUGGACGAAGACCAAAAAGUUUAUGAUGAUCGUACCCACCGUCUUGUGUCUGAUCCCGCUGGUGGUUAGCGAUUACCAACCAAGAUACCUAGCGGUUAACCUGCCGGUGUGCUGUAUCCUCCUCUUGGCAAAGUCCCCCCUCAUGCACAGGGUGCGUAUACUCGACAUCAACGCCACCACCGGCAUCGACGACCGCGUAAAGAAGGAGUGAGGAUAGGAUAGGACAACUCAGACGGGGGGUCGCGCGCGGGCGUGGUAUGAGGGUCGGCGAGGAGUUGCGUGUACCGCUGGCUGCCAGUUGCCCCACGCGUGACUAAAUUACUAUGAGAUCGAGAAUCAGCUAGGCGCGGAGGGUCAGAUGAAGGACCCAACGAACGAGCUACAAAAGCGCCACACGGGAUGGGCGGGGGGCUGUAGUCGCGCACGGUUUGGUGGACCGGUGACCGGACGGGAGCUAGCGCACGAGCGGACUUCUGUGCGGGGUAUUCCGGGAGCAACUGGCUGUUUUUUUUCCAAAAAGGUGGCGGAGGAGAUUGAUGCAUGUACCCUUAUGACGAGAGGAGCGGUCCAUGACGAAGGCUUGGGAGGGUGCGGGGGUUAACGCUGCCAGAGGAGGAUAGGAGCACUGCCCGCCGCGGGGAGCGUGAGUUGAGGCUUCGUGUGGCAUUUUUUGGUGAGCGCCACUACUACUGCUGAGGUAUG